UAGUAAGUUACUACAUCACAAAUAACUUCACGUAUUUAAAAUACAUAUUGUUAUUAGAUCUUUGUAAAUAUCUUUCGAUAAAAUAUACUCCCUCCGUGUUUUUUAAAGUGUUAUACUUACUAAAUCCAGCCGUGUUUUGAUAAGUGUUACACUUCCAUUUUUGGCAAAAAGUUACAUCAAAAUAUUAUAUCUCUUUCCACUCAUGGUCCCUAUCCAAACCACUACUACUUUUUUUUUUUUUCUUAUUUCUCCUCUCACAGUCAUUACCUUUCAUUAAAUUAUUAAUCCUACUAUCUUUCUUUUAUAAUUUUUUUAAUAUUUUAAUUACCCCACCAACCUCUUAUUUUAUUUAAAUCAAUUAAAUUGAAUAAAAUUAUAAAUCAAUCAAACUGUAAUACUUAAAAAACACACUGAGGGAGUAUAUUUUGUGCAUUUUGGACGAGUACACCUAAUGGUGAGAAAAUGAAAGAAAACCGCCAAAUAAUUAAACCCAUCAUUCUUUUAUGUCGUACAACAUGAUUCAAAAUAUCCAAACCCAAAAAAACCAUCCAAACAAACAAAAAGAAAUAAUAAAAAAUUCAAAAUACAAUCCAUGCUAACGAACAUUUCUAUAUAAAGUUGACUACUUAUUCCCAUUCUCUCUCUUCUUCUUCAUCACAUCACAUUUUCUCUGCAAUUUCUUACUCAUCUCCAUUUUUCUCUCUCCUUUCAUCAUUUUCAUUCUCAAAUAUUCAGCUACCUCUUCAAACCCACACUAUCUGGUAACCAUUUUUUUUUAAAAAAUAUAAAUUAUACUGUAUUUUUUUCUUACUAUUUUCUCUCUCCUCUUCCAGGUUAAACGAUGUCGUAUCAUGGCGGUAGCAGCAGCAGCAGAGACGGUGGACAAGGCUACGGCGGAGGCAACUCCAGCGGUCAUGUUAGACGUGGAGGAAGAGAUAACCGCGGUAGAAGGGGCCGAAGAGGAGGAGGUGGUGGUGGUUCAGAGGCACCGGACGUCGGGACAUUGACGAAGAAAAUCUGGGUAGAAGCGGCGGCGGGUGUAAGGAUGAUCGAUGGAAUGAAGAAUCUGAAAGUGUCGGAGUCAUUGUCGUCGUCUUCGCAAGGUCAUGAACCGCUACUGAUACCGAAACGGCCUGGGUCUGGUACUGUUGGACUCCAUGGUGCUGUUCGCGCUAAUCACUUCCUCGUUCAACUACUUUCUGUUAAUGAUUUUCGUCACUACGAUGUAAUUUUACUAUCUCUCUCAUCUUCUCCAUUUUUGUGAAAACUUUUAUUCCUUGAUGAUCACGUCAUUAUUUCUGUGAAUCUGGUUGAUGAAUGGGUUGAUGGAUGUUAAUUUUAUUUAUUUUUUAUUUUAUUUAUUUAUUUAUUUUUAACUGGAUUUUGAUGGUAGUUUUGUCUUAAUUUGAUAUUACCUUGAUUUUUUUUAAAAUUAUUUAUUACUUAUUAUUAUUGUUAUGAGUAUUUAUUUUUGGAAAAGGGUGUUGAUGGUAAAUACGAAUAAUGUCACAAACUCACAAUAUUUGUUGUAAAAUGUGUGAGUAAUUUUGGGUAUAAUGUUUUUGUGUUGCUGUUUAUCAAUGAUUCCGAUUUAAGUGAGAAUUAGACGUCGUGUAUUUUGGGUCCUCUUUCAAAACGAUGAUUCAUUACCAAAAAAAAAAAAAAAAAAAAAAAAAAAACCCUCCCUAAUAAUAAUGGUUAUGUUAUGAUCGAAUAAUAUUGUUGGGUUAAACUGUUUUUGUAAAAAGGAAAUGUAAAACCCACUUUUUAAUAUUUUUUUUUUUUUUGUUACAAUUUCUGAAUAUUGGGUGUUAUUCUGUAACGUUAUGCACAUUGAUGGGUUUCUAUUUCUAACGAAUUUAGCUUACACAGUUACACACAGUUUAAUGGUUUUUUCUUGUAAAAUGAUGGGUUUUACGGAGUAG